AUGGCCGAAGCCGAGCUCAAAUUACUCAAUGCCGUCGAGCUCAAGAUCGCACUCUCGGACACCGAUGCAAAACUGCAGAAGACAUUGUCGAUAUAUUUAUGUCCGCUGCUAUUGAAAUUAGGAAGUGAGCAUGCUGCGCCGAGGAAUAAGGUCAUCUCAAUUUGUCAACAUAUCUCGAAACGUAUUAAGUCGAAUCCGGGGAUAGCCUUGCCGGUGGAUGCCUUGUUGGCGCAGUUCUUAGAUGCGAGAGUGAGCGCCUUCACCAAGAACUUUACCUUGAUUUACUUGGACAUGGCUAUCCGCCACCUCCCAUCCGACAAAUCAACCGCACUUCUACCAAAGCUGGUACAGGGCAUCCCCACCCACCCAAUCCCCCACCAGAAAACCCUUCUCCACCUCAUCCUACACAUCCUCCCACAAUGGACCCCACCCACUGAAGCCGAACAACAAGAACAACAGAGAGGGGAGAUGGGGUUUGAGGAGAGACCGGAGGAUGCGAGGUGGAUCGCGGAGAAGAUUAAGGAUUUGAUGUUGUUGACCUUAGCCGGGUUUCGGGUACGGCAUGUGAAUGCGAGCCGGGGGAGUCGGGAGACACUGUCCUUAACAGGACGGAGGAGAAGUGGAGCGGGGUCAGGGCCCAUGCCUGGGAUGUUUGGCAGCGAUGCUCCUCCCACUGGCGGAACCGGGGAGGACGCACAGAUUCAAGACCAGGAGAUGGUGGAUGCGGAUGAAGACGGAACGGGCAUGGAAGAACCUGUCCCAACAGGCCCCGCCCACGCCUAUCUGUCAAGUCCAAACCUCUCGGCGGCCGCAUUCGAGUUCUUGACAAACAACAACCCCUCUACAAUUCCUCCCUCCACCCUCACUGCCCUCAAACUCGCUUCCCUCCGCUUCCUCACCUCCCCCGCCUUCACUUCCGAAGAGAAGUUACCGGGGAUUGUGGUCGCGACACAAGACGGGAAUCACGAGAUUAGCGGCAUGGCGGAGGAUGCCGUUAAAAGAAUGGGGCUUGAUUGGGAAAGUAAGGGAGUUGUGGGUGGGUUAUUUCAGCUUUGGUCAGGGGGUGAUGGGCCACUUCCUUGGCCCGUCGCUGUCAAGGUUCUCAACCUGCUCUCGAAAAGUGUGAGAGCGGCGAAUGAGGUUGGAAGUGUCGUGGCAGUGUGUCAAAACGUUCUCAACCCCGCGAAUGAGAUACGCUUAUCGCCGAAUGUUAAGCAUCCGAAAUUGGUGCAGGCUACUGUUGGGUUUAUUCAUUGGGUUGCACGCAUGGCGAGGAAGGAGACGGUUGAGGCCAUUGCGGGUUUCUCGCUCGAACGAGCUGAAAGUGUCGUCACCACCCCGCUGCCGCAGGGUGGGUAUUUGACACCCGAACAGGAGGGUUUGAGGGGGUUGUGGUGGGUGUUGAUUGGGUUAAUUGGGAAGCGGUGCCCGGAGAAGAUCUUUGCCAGGGCGGGGUUGGUGAAGGUUUUGUUUGAGGCAUUGAGCACCGAGCCGAAGAAUUUGAGGCAUUCGGUCGAGGAGGCGAUUUCGCUGCUCAUCCCAAUCUUGCACAAUCCGCCCGAGCCACUCGCGUCUCAACUUAAGACACUGUUGCUGGAGCAGAUGUUACGUGGUCAAGCGAGCGCGCGGUAUACGAUUGUGCGCACUGCGAUCUCUGCAUUCCCGAUGGGUGAUGUCAGGGCCAGGUGGAUCUGUGUGUUGGGGCUCGUACAGGGUGCGGGAGGUGGGAAGGGGAAGGCGGAUGUUGCUGAGGAGGCGAGGAAGGGGCUUAAUCCGCAUUGGUUUCGUGUCGUGAAUACUGGGUUUGCCACUGUCAAGAAGGAAAAGACGCUGGGCGGGGAAGUGAGGGAGAGGGAUCCCUAUACCUUGCCAACGUUUAUGCGAUUCAUGGAGACCGUCGUAAGUGGGAUUCCGACGUUGAAGGAAGUCCCCGAAUAUCAGCAGGGAAAGCUGGUGAUGGGAGUGCCCGUGCCGAUUUUCGAGGGGGUGGUGCAGUUUGCGAGACAGCUUUUGGUGAUGGAGGCGGUGAAGAAAGCUGGGCUCAAGCUUGCUGUUGAUGAGAAUUGGGAGGUUAUGUUGGAUAACGCUAUUGAGGUUGAUGGGGCGACCAGAAAGGCGGUUGGCAGUCUCGUGACUGACCUCGGUAACAAUGGAGAAGAUGCGAAGCUGCGGGAUUACCUUGAUAUGCUGUGUAAGGGACUGCUCAGUCAAGACGGUUUACUCGCCACUAGGUGUGCGGGAUGGAUCUUGGAACUGUUGGCGGUUGGUGGCUCGGCUAUCACAGCUGAUGUUAGGCAACUCAACAUUGGUGGAGUGAAGGAUCUGGUGUUCGGUAACAAACCGGAAAUGCGGGAGGUCGCUGCGCAUAUCACGGCUUUGCUGAUUACGGGUAACGGUUCUGCUGAGGAACUUCAGGCUGCGCUUAAGGAGUACCUCGAGAAGGUUACCAAGGGCACUCAAGAGCAUGCUCAUGGAUCUAUCUUGGCCAUCGGAUACGUCGUCAGUCGGUUGUCUGCACGCGGGAAGUUGGAUGUUCUACCAUCCGAGUUGGUGCAGGAAUGCGUGGUGACGGUUUUCGACGUGCUGAGGAGCUCGGCGACCAAUGCGCCCAUGCUUGCGGGUGCAGUUGUAGAGGCGUUGGCGGAGAUAGGUUCGUAUGUUGUAUUGAAGGAUUUGGAGACGUAUACGUCUGGAGAUGUCACAGUCAGCCGUUCUGAUAUCGUUGCGCAGCUUGUUCGUGUGUCUAAGGAGGCGAAGGAUAACUCUUUGAAGGACAAGGCGAUCAUGGCUCUUGGCCGUAUCUCUGUAUCUUUCCCACAGGACGCACCAGAGAUUGAGACCAUCUUAGGCGCCAUUUAUGCGGUGCACGAAGCGAAGCAGGUUGAGCUUACGAUGGGAUCUGGAGAUGCGUUGUCCUGUGUCGCAGGAGCAUGGCAGUCCAAGGCAUUGUCGACUCACCUCGAUAUCGGAGAUGUGCAGCCCCCUGUCGUCGAACGGACCAAGCUUUCCGAGAGGAUCGUUGAGCAAGUUCUCACUGAGCUCGUUACUUCGCCCAAGCCUAUCCUGCGCAAGGCGUCAUCGUUGUGGCUCUUGUCCCUCGUGAAGUUCUGCGGAGAUAUGCCUGCCGUCCAGUCUGCCUUGAAGCGUUUCCAUGUGGCGUUCUCCUCGUUUCUGGGUGAUCGAGAUGAGUUCGUUCAGGAGACGGCAUCAAAGGGUCUUAACAUGGUCUAUCAGGCUGGUGAUCAGGCGUUGAAGGACGAGUUGGUGAGGAGUCUCGUUGGGUCUUUCACUGGCGAGAAGAAGGUACAAAGCGAGAUCACGCAAGACACGGAGCUGUUCGAGCCUGGUGUUUUGAGAACAGGUGACGGUCCUGGGGGUAAUGGAAGCAUCUCCACCAUGAAGGACGUGAUGUCUCUUGCCUCUGAGCUCAACAACCCUGACUUGGUUUACAAGUUCAUGAACUUGGCCAACAGCUCGCGUGCUUGGCAGAGCAGGAAGGGUGCCGCAUUUGGCUUGGGAGUCUUGGCUGAUACCUCGCUAGACGAGAUUUUCAGUCAGAAUCCCCAGCAGGCAGCGAAGUUGUACUCCAAGCUGUUCACCUACCGCCAUGAUCCCAACCCUGGAGUGGCGAAGACUAUGGGAGAUAUCUGGAAGCAGGUGACGAAAGACGUGAACACCGUUGUGGAGACGUACUUUGAUGCAAUCUUGACGGAGGCACUUCGUGGUCUCGGUGAAAAGGCGUGGAGGAGACGUGAGGCAAGCUGCUCUGCACUCGCCGAGCUCAUUUCGGGCCAACCUUUGGCCAAGAUUAUGCCUCGCAUCGACGAAAUUUGGCAGUCGUCCUUCAGGGCGGCCGAUGAUAUCAAGGAUAGUGUCCGCCUGGCCGCCAUGUCACUUUGCAAGACCUUGACAAACCUCAUCGUGCGCUCUGCUGAUGCCGACAACGUAUCAUGGACGGACGCUAACCGGGUCCUUACCACCGCUAUGCCGUUCUUGCUUGGAAGGUUUGGGUUGCAUUCGGACGCACAGGAGGUUCAAGCCUUCGCCAUUGACACGAUCAUCAAGCUCUGCAAGUCGUCCGGUCCGGCAUUGAAGCCCUUCCUCUCCCAGCUCAUUGACGAACUGCUUGCCCUGAUGACAGCUCUUGAGCCCCAGGCUGUCAACUACCUCAGUUUUCACGCAGGCAAAGAUUACACCCAGGAGCAGUUGGACCAGGCUAGAUUCCAAGCUGUUCGCAGCUCUCCGAUGAUGGAUGCUAUCGACCGUUGCGUGGAUCUGCUUGAUGAGGAGAUUAUGGGCGAAGCCGUGAAGGUUAUCUUGAAGAAUGCCCGAAGUGUUGGAUUGCCGACGAAAGCGGGUGCUGCGAAGGUGAUUGUCAACUUGACCUUACGUAAAGGCGAAUUGCUCCGUCCCCAUUCAAACACUGUUCUGAAGCAAGUGACGCAACUUCUAUCUGAUAGGAGUAUUACAGUGCGCAAAUCAUACGCUGCCACCAUUGGCUACGUCGCCCGUUUGACGGAUGGCGAGAAAACUCUUGCCUUGGUUAAUGAGCAGUUUCAGAACUUCUUCGAAGCAGAAGAUGAGAUUACCCAUAUGACGGCGGGUAUCACGUUGAAUGCCAUUUCAAGCCACGCCUCUGACAAGUUCAAUGCGCUUGCUUCUUCGAUUCUGCCGAAUGUCUUCAUCGCAAAGCAGGACUUGUCUGAAGCGGCGUCCAGCCCCUUCAAAGAAGCUUGGGAGCAGAACACAGGUGGUCAGGGAGCUAUUCGUCUCUAUCUCAAGGAACUUACCGAGCUGAUCUCGAAGUAUCUGGAGCAUCCCUCAUGGCGCGUAAAGCAGAUGGCUGCUCGCGCUUUGAAGGAGAUUACGGAAACGGACAUUGCUCUGCCGAUGGAAACUUACCUUCCCCUGCUUAUCAAGGCUGUCGCUGGGCGAUCCUGGAAAGGCAAGGAGACUAUCCUUGACGCCUUUGUGAACGUGGUCAACAAGCACAAGACUUAUAUUAAAAACAAGUCCGGGCAGCAGGAGGAGAUCACCAACAUUGUAAUCCGCGAAGCGAAGAGAAACAACGCAGAUUACAAGCCAUUCGCGAUCGGCGCCUUGGCCAAAUACGUUGAUGCGAACGAAGUCGAUCUCUUCGUCACCAUCUAUGAAAUUGUUAGUCCUGUCCUGGUCAAGUCUCCAGAGGCGAUGGACGUGGAUUCUGAGGAUUUGGAGGCGAAGCCCAUGCGUUUGGUGAUGCAAAACAACUCGAUCAAAGCCUUGGCGGCUGCUAUCCAUCCAUCUGUGGACACGAUGCUUGCCGAACACCUGCACACUCUCGUUGACAUUCUCGUCGCCAAUAUGAAGACCUCGGUAUGGAACGUCCGCAUUGGUAUCAGCGAAGCCAUCAAACAAAUCUGCGAGCGCCUUGAUUCUGUCACGCCAACCCCCGCGAUCGACGCUGCGCUGCUGCAAAAUCUGUGGGAUGUAUUAGUACAGAUUACGAGUGAUCGAGCUUACGACAGCGUCAGGACGGCGGGUGUGAGGGCCUCAUUGGCCUACUUGAAGCUGGCACGGAAGUCGGAGGCCUGGAAAACGGUUCGAGAGAGCGUUGAUAAGGAUCUGGCUAAGUUGAAGAUGGAGGAACCGAGCACGGUUGUUUUGGCUGAGUGGGAGAAGAAAGCGUCAGCGCGUCAUUUCUGA